CUACCCUGGAUACAAGGAGAAAGGUUGCUUCUGGCUGCAAUUCCUUCCCUCACUUAAUUGUGACAGCUUUGCCUGAACAUGAGGAGAAACACUGGUAGGACAGCAUGUAAUUUCCAGAACAAUAUUUCCUGUUUUCUCUGAAGAAAAGACAAGUCAGAUGAUUCAUUCAACAGGUUAAGUGCUUCUUCUGCAUGACCAUAACCAAAGGGUGACCCAUCCACUCCCUUUUGUCCUAUGGGGACCUCAGAGCCAGUUUCUCAGUCUUCAUCUCCUCCUCCUCCUCCUCUUACCACUGCUGCUGACACCCUGGGUGCUGCUCCCAGGUUUGAGACGUUGACAGGCUGAAGAAAGGAUUUGCAAAGACCUUCUCACUGUGUAAAUAGAGUGAUGGCUGGAAUUAAUUUCAACUCCCCAAGUAAUGAUAAUAAACAGUAAGAUUUCUAGGCCAAAGCGUUACCAGGAACAAAUUAUGAGGAAAGACACUAUUUGCAUUUGGUUGCGAUGAUGAACUAAAAACAUCUGUGCAGAGCAGGUACCCUUUGAUUUGCAUGUGUUUUUUUCUUCACGAAGGGAGCCAUGAAUCUGAUCAGAUCUGUGGUAGCCACGGGAGAUAAAUGAAAGUAAAGGGACUUAGUGGAUGAAAGGACAAGGCCUCAGCUGUUCCUUGCUCCAGUUUGAGAGUUUCAUCUUUUCUUAUUAGCAAAACAGUAGUUUGUGUCAAACAUUUUGGACAAUAAGAAAAUGCAGAUCUGUGGUUUUGCAGAACAUAGAUUCAGCAUUAUGACGGUAUUGCCCUGCUCUGUGUCCAAUGCACUGUCCUCCAAAUGCAAAUGGCUUUGAACUUCCUAUACUGAAAGUUAAGUUUGCACUGUAAAUAAAAGCUUUUGCAUUAAGUGAUUAAAGAAAAAAAAAGCAGUUGCAAAAUGGAGGUUGCAAUGGUGAGUGCAGAUAGCUCUGGGUGCAACAGCCACAUGCCCUAUGGAUAUGCAGUCCAAGCUCGGGCCCGAGAGAGAGAGCGGCUGGCACAGUCAAGAGCCGCAGCAGCUGCAGCCGUAGCGGCAGCAACAGCAGCAGUAGAAGCAGGGGCAACAGGUGGAGGUGGACCGUAUCACCACUAUCAUCAGGAACAGAGUCGGGGUGCAUCCUCUUCUCACGGUGGGAAUGUGUCACGCAGCGGCCUGCCCAACCGCCAGAGUGGUAAGAGAUGGAAGAAAGGGAAAAAGAGGAGCCACCACUUGGGAAGUAGGGAGUGUGGGGCCUCCUUCCCCUGUUCUGAGCUGCUGCCUCUGAGUGGUUCUGAAGAGAGAAUACUGAAGGACGUGAGUGAGGAGGAAGAGGAGGAUGAAGAGGAGGAUGAAGAUGAUGAGGAAGAAGGAAAACUCUACUACGGUGCUGACUAUGGGGAGGAUGAGUUCUCAUAUUCAGACCAGCCACCUGAUGAUGGUGGAGGCCCUGGGGGUUACAGCUCUGUUCGCUACAGUGAGUACGAGUGUUGUGAGCGUGUGGUAAUCAACGUGUCAGGACUGCGGUUUGAAACUCAACUCAAGACGUUAGCUCAAUUCCCGGAAACGUUGUUGGGUGAUCCAGCGAAGCGAGGCAGAUACUUCGACCCUCUCAGAAAUGAAUACUUCUUUGAUAGGAACCGGCCAAGCUUUGAUGCCAUACUGUACUACUACCAGAGUGGUGGUCGGCUGAAGAGGCCAGUCAAUGUACCUUUUGACAUCUUCAGUGAGGAGGUGAAAUUCUACCAACUUGGGGAGGAGGCCAUGCUUAAGUUCAGGGAGGAUGAGGGGUUUGUCAAAGAGGAAGAGGACAAAGCUUUGCCGGAGAAUGAGUUUAAGAGGCAGGUCUGGCUACUGUUUGAGUACCCGGAGAGCUCCAGUCCAGCCAGAGGCAUUGCCAUCGUCUCUGUCUUGGUCAUCUUGAUCUCCAUCGUCAUCUUUUGUCUGGAGACUUUGCCAGAGUUCAGAGAUGACAAAGAAUUCGUGAUGUCCCUGAGCUUAGGGAAGGGGCUUUCCAAUGAGUCUCUUCACCUGGAUGCUGGGGAGCACACCAUAUUCAAUGACCCUUUUUUCAUUGUAGAGACAGUGUGCAUCAUUUGGUUCUCCUUUGAGUUUACAGUGCGCUGCUUUGCAUGUCCAAGCAAAGCACACUUCUUCAAGAACAUCAUGAACAUCAUAGACAUUGUGUCCAUCUUGCCUUACUUCAUUACUCUGGGCACUGACUUGGCGCAGGAGCAGGGCAGUAAUGGUCAACAGGCCAUGUCUUUUGCCAUCCUGAGGAUCAUCCGUCUGGUCAGGGUGUUUCGCAUCUUCAAGCUCUCCAGGCACUCCAAGGGUUUGCAGAUCCUGGGUCACACGCUCAGGGCCAGCAUGAGGGAACUCGGCCUCCUCAUUUUUUUUCUUUUUAUUGGAGUAAUUUUGUUUUCCAGUGCUGUUUACUUCGCAGAAGCUGACGAGCCUGCCACCCAUUUUCAAAGCAUCCCAGAUGCCUUUUGGUGGGCUGUAGUGACCAUGACUACAGUUGGUUAUGGGGACAUGAAACCCAUAACUGUGGGUGGGAAAAUAGUUGGGUCCCUGUGUGCCAUCGCGGGAGUGUUAACCAUUGCUUUACCAGUGCCAGUGAUUGUCUCCAAUUUUAACUAUUUCUACCACAGAGAGACUGAGAAUGAGGAACAAACGCAGCUGAUGCAAAAUGCAGUCAGUUGCCCUUACCUCCCAACAAAUUUACUGAAGAAAUUUAGAAGCUCAUCGUCUUCAUCCACAGAGGAUAAAUCAGAAUAUUUGGAGAUGGAAGAAGGAGUUAAAGAAUCUCUCUGUGUAAAGGAGAAAAAAAGUCAGGACACGGGGAAUAGCAGUGAGUCAGAGAAGAAAAACUGUGUAAAUUCAAAUUCUGUGGAAACUGAUGUGUAAUUUUGAACGUUUCCAAAUAUAUUUAUGCAUUAAAGAGUGCAGUGAAAAUAAUGAAAUAUGCAAACACAAGUCCACAGCAUACAGUAGUAUGCCAUUUAAUGGUUAAAUACAAAUAAAAAGCAUUGCUAAACUUGUAUAACAUAUCAAGUAAGUGAUAUAACUUGAGGAAAGGAUUGCUAGAUCUGAUAUAACUUGACUAUAUUUUUAUUAGAAUGCAAGUGUUUUUCACAUGAGGCUGAAAAAAUUAUUAAAACUAAGUCGGUUUUAAAGUGGGUGCAUGAACUGUCGACAUCACUAAUAACAGCUCUGUGGUAAAAGUUGGCAUUCAGAGGUAUUUACUAUGUAAGAAGCAAUGAAGUUUGGUAGUCAUUUAUCUAUUUAUCAGCGCUUUAAUAGCAGCUACCAUAAAUCAUUGGAUACCAUUAGUUAUUGUUUUUCAAAUUUAUUGUAAAAAGAUACUCUACAGAAGAUAGAUCUAAAUUUUUUCUUGAAAUCUAUAAUGCUUGUUUUUAACUGGAAAUUUACUUUGAACAGGCUGCUGAACCUCCAGAAAUUGUUUAUUUUUAUAACUCUCUUUGGAGGCAUUGCAGCAUUUGUUGUCUAAUAAUGGAAGAAAUGAAGGAAGAGAAUCAUUUAACCUGGUCUGACUGCAAAGGCAAAAUGACUGGAAUGCUUUUUUGCACUACUUUAUAUGCUGGAGAUAUACUGAAAGAGACUUUAUACUGUGAAUGUUUACUAAUGUAAUAGUUCAAUGACAAUCAUUGGAAGAGUGAAUUCUGCAUCAUAUUUUAUUGGGUUUUGUUUGUUUGUUUUUAUUUUUUUAUUUUUUUUUUCUUUAUGUGAUGCUGAUGGCAAAACAGCUAACAUUACAUUAAUUCCAUACUCUUUUAAUUAUGAAUAUCUGUGAUCUGGAAAAGGAUUGUGAAGUAAAAUUUUAUAAUCAAAAUUAUUUGAAAUCACUCUUUUCUGUAGAUAUUCUCAAGAAAUACCAACCUCUAUCUUAUAUCUUACAUAUUUUUUCCUGGUUAGUUUAACAUGGAGAGACAACGGUUAGUACGUGCACUUUGUCAGUAUUGAAGUAAUUCAGCGUAUGCAAGGAGAAGGCAAAAAUAAUAAGAUAUUCAGUUGUUACAGUACUGACAACUCAAAAUUGCUGACUUCUAACAUGUUAUUGGUGCUGCAUUUUCCCUCUUAAUUACAGCUUCCACCCAUGUGUAUUUGAAGCAACAUUUAAGAUCUAGAAUAGGCAUUCUGGGAUUCAAAGUGAACAUGUUGGGUGCCAUGUAGUUCUAGGGAAAACAUCCUAUGUUUUCUUUUCCGUGAUUCUUAGGCCAGCUGUAUCUUACUCUGUGUCAAAAACUUCCCCUGCCCUUUAUAGGAGAUUAAGUUAGGUAAGGAUUAUCUGACCUACAGCACAUUCUAGACUCCAGAAUGAAAUAGGUAAGAUAUUACUGCAUUUAGCAUAAAUAAUAGAUUCAGAACAGAUGUUUUUUUCAGAUUCAAAAUUGUCUAGGGAUGGCACAAUUAAACUGUAGCUGUUUUUGAGGAGGUACUGUGAAACAUUCCAAAUCAUAAAACUUGAACCAAAUCGGCAUAUGCACUUUAAGGGCCGGGACAGCACAUUGUGAGAGAAAGUAGGGCUUAUCAACACUACUGAAUUACAGCAGUUUUGCAAUAUCCAUUUAAAGCUGUGAAAGGGGGGUUUUGUGGGGAAGAACUAGUUAGUGACUUGCAGUUCUGAAGCUGAAAAGCAACAAUAUAAACAGUCCAAACUGGGUACCUGUGAUGGUAUGCGUAAUCUAUCAGAUAAGCUUUGUUUGCUGUAUGCAGCAUCCAGUGAUACGGAACAGAACCAGAGGCAUAGGAUUUUCCCUAAGCUUUGAUUUUUGCCUCCAUGGAUUUUCUGUGAAUCACCUCUUGGAAAACUUUCUCCGCUUGUCUUCUAUCACUUCAGAAGAAGUAAUAAAAAACAAGACACAGAAAAGACUGCAUUGUUCUGAGCCCCGAUCUGAAACUUGUUUGUAAAUGUCUGAUUCCUAUAGAACAGGCUUCACUGUAUUUUUAAUGUGAAGUGUUAAACAAACCUCCAUUUUAAUAUGAUAAUAUUAUUUCCAACUAUGUUUUGAGUCAAACACCUCAGUAAUUUUAUGCAUAGAUGUGUGCCAAAAUUAAAUACUGCAUUUUUUCAUAGCUCACCUGGGUAAAUGUACUAAAUGCUUUUUUUUCUACAGAGGCAGUAUCAGCAAUGAGUGUGAGCAUUCUAUAAAAUCCAGCAAAAUCUAUAAAUGAGUGUUUCUUUAACAGCUUUUACAGUUAUAAGGUAAGGGGCAUAAAGGUUCCCUUGUAAGCUAGUUUGCCAGUAGUACUGUUUAGAGUACCAGCAACCAUAUAAUACCAGGAAUGGACCAUAGCAAGAACGUAAAAAUAAAUAACUAGGCAAAUAAAGUACAUAGAGAAAAUAAGUAGUAUGGUUUUGCGGUAUUAACUGGUUAAAAGGGAAGGUCAUUUAUAAGAGAGGGAAUUCUUGAUGUCUAAUGGAAAUAAAGAAGAAAGCUCUUUGAAUAACUCCUUGAAUAUGUUCACACAUUGUACAUGGAGCUCAGCAUGAGCUAUCUGCUUAAGUAGUUACCCAGCUUAUCCAGCAAGUCCUGCAGGUGUUCUGCUACCAGUACAAAAUCUUUUAAUUUAAAGCAAACACGGUGAUGUCUACAUUAUGCUGUGAUCACAGCAAUACCUUACUCAAAGAAAAGUUCUUACUGGAGGACCUCAGAGCAGAGCAACAUUCUGGGUGUGCCAGCACUGCAUACUGCAGUACUGUGCAGACAUAUCCUAAGGUAACAGUGGAGCCUGCUCUGCCUCCUGCAACAUAUAAGCCUUUGUACUUGUAACUGUCAUUAUAAAUAAGAACUGGUGUAGCUUUAUGUUAGACUGUACUAGCAGUUUGGCAGACCAUUCUGAAUCACAGAAAUGCACAGAAUUGAGCGUUUUGGAAUGGAAGCAAAUACCUUCACUUGGGCUAGCUUUUAAUUUGGUUAUUCAUCUACCCAUCAGUCCAGGUAGUUGCAAGUCAUCUUGAAAAUGCCAAAGUCAUACGCCUAACAUGCUGAAACCCAAAGAUCCCAAGUGCUUAGCAAGAGACUGAAAUUUCCCUUAAGUAUCGCUUAGGUUGAAAUUGUGUGCUACAGAAACACUGUAUUUGAGCUGUUAUGGCUCCAAAUUACAACUCCUGCUCCUCUCAGAGUUUUUCCAGUGUGACUGGAUACAACUAUCAGAAAAAUAGUUUUGUAAUCACUUGGGCUUUUAUAUUUUAAAUUAUAGUGCUGAAAUGCAUUCCUGGUGUAACUGACGUGAAUGGGAGUUACACCAGGGAAUGUUUUAGUUCUAGUAAUGUAGUUCAAAUUAUUUCACAUUGACAUACAUUUCAGCUAAAAAUAAUGCAAAAUGAGGUAUUUUGAUAUUUCACAUGCACUGGCAAUGGGAAAAAAAUAUGGGAGAAGCUCCAUCUGAAUUCAUGAAAUCACAGCAGAUUCCAAUCAGAUUUCAAAUAUAGGCUGAUAGUUAACUGUCUACUGGCCCUUAUUUAAAGAAAUUCAUAAAUCUUUUCAUAGCAGUCUUAAGUGCCAAGGCCAGGUACUGAAGGGCAGUGUUUGCCAGCUGAAGUAUUGGAUUCAAUGCAUGACUUCAGAGAUCCAUAUCUUUGUCUUUAUUAUAGUCAUCAAGUUGUCUGAUGCUUCUUUGAUUACUUGAAAAUUUCAGCCUGGAUGCUGAAAUUUAUAUCAAAAAAAGUGUUAUGUCACCCUGCUAGGCAGUUCCUGGCUAAGUGUCUGGUUAAGCUUUCUUAGAAUGAUUCCACAAGAGGCCAAUUCCAUUUGAUGGAGAGUGUAGUUUUUCUUUUUUUUCUUUUUUUUCUUUUUAUUUAUUUUUUACUAAAAGGGAAAUUCUUCUGCUUACAUAGUUGUAUUGUGCGCUGUCCAUUUCUGUGACAUCCAAGUAAUGUGGAAUCAUUCUGAGAUCUCAAGGGGGUGAAAGAGCCCACUGCUGCCAUGAAGACAUCGAAUUCAUGACAACAAUGUUAUUGGUGUCUAGGGAUACUAAUGGCUAUUAUGAACUUCUUGUGGUUAUGAGUUUUGAGUGUGGUUUCAGUCAGCAAAUCUAUUGAACUAGCUUUGGAACAUGAAAAUGAUGGUUUUGCAUAAUACUGGUGUUCAAAGAGUUUGCAAUCAGGUCAUAAUCUUGAAUGAAAUAUUAUCUUGUUACUGCUGACAUGGAAAGUUCCUGCCAAGUAUGCUUUCAGGAGUUGAAAGUCACUUGACCUGGGAUAUGAGAAAUCAGUAUUAAGCUGCCCAAGAAUAUGAAAUACUUACUUUUCAUAUUAGGAUAAAUAUAAGAAAUGCACUGUGGAGUUACAGGAAGAAAAAUGUCAGAAAGUCUAUUCUGUGCAUAACUAGUUUGUGAAAGUCUUUCCUACAGAGCAUUGAAAUAGGAAAUGUGUCUUUCUGGUGAUCCCAGACUUGUAAAACUGAGUGUAAAUGACUUUUUAACGUAAGCUUUACAGAGGUAAUGGAUAGUCCUCACAUUAAAUAUGAACUGUUCAUGGUGCUUUAGACUAUGUAACUAGCUUCCUCUACCUAUUUCUUACCGGUUCCUUAUCAAUUCUACCGUCAUUUUGUCCAGUUAUAAAUACAGGCCUAUUUUUUUUUUCUAAUUAAUUGGCAUAAGACAAAAACAAUAAUAAAAUGAAAGCAAAGAUAAAAAAUCUAUUACACCCAGCAUAUAAAUUGCAUAUUCUUAUUAUCAUAAAAUAAACCUAAAUGACAGCCUGCAAUGUCUGUAGAUGUCAGGCAGGGUAUGCAUUUUCCUGUUGCUAUAGCUGAAUGGUCAAAUAUUUCUGAUUUUGCAACAAAUAAGAUCUCAUUUAUUGACUCACCAUAAUUGUGCACCUCUGUUUGAAACAAAUGCUUCUAGAAAAGUUGACAAUUUUUUUUUUUUUUUUAAUGAAUUCAUUUCCACAGAGAUCAUCUAAUGUGGAAAAAACUGUUGACAUAUUAAUUCUGGGUUAAAGCGCAUAAAUGUUUUGUACCUGGUAACCAGGUACAAACAUGAAACUUUACAUGCUGCUGCCAUGCUUUCUGUGUAUUCAGAACUCUGACGAUAUUAAUUCUGAAAGAAAAGUCAUUAAAGCAUUAUGUAC